AUGAAUAAUAUUAAUAAUAUAAAAAAUAAAGAGCUAAUUACAAGCAAGGAUAUAGGGACGGAUUUUUCGUAUAAACACGAAAUUGUCUGGAAGAAUGUGGUUCUUUUUGCUUUUUUGCACUGUAUGGGGAUUUGGGGAAUCAAAAUAUUAGUGACUGGUGGAGUUAGUUGGAAAACAUUUGCAUGGGCUACAGUUUUAAUGAUCUGUCUCGGACAAGGUAUAACAUCUGGGGCUCACAGGCUGUUUGCCCAUAGAAGUUAUAAAGCAAGAACACCACUAAAACUUUAUCUCACACUUAUGCAAACAGGUUCUGGACAGAAUUCUAUAUACAUUUGGGUGCGUGAUCACCGUCUUCACCAUAGAUAUUCUGACACGGACGCAGAUCCUCAUAACUCGAAUAGGGGUUUCUUCUUCUCUCAUAUCGGAUGGCUCAUGACAAAAAAACAUCCGUACGUUAAGGAAUUCGGUAAAAAUAUCGACAUGAGCGAUCUUAAAGCUGACUCAAUGGUCAUGUUCCAGAAAAAGUAUUAUUGGUAUUUAUAUGGUUUAAUAGCGUUCUUUAUACCAGUUAUAGUACCAUGGUACAUGGGAGAGACGUUCAAAAAUUCCUUAUUGGUUUGCUAUUUUGCUCGCUACAUUCUUCAGUUGAAUGGAACAUGGCUUGUCAACAGCGCAGCACAUUUGUAUGGCACACGGCCGUAUGACAAAAAUAUUCAGCCUGUGGAGUCGUGGUUCGUGUCGCUUUUAGCAUUCGGUGAGGGCUGGCACAACUACCAUCAUACCUUCCCCUGGGAUUACAAAGCUGCUGAACUGACACAGUUCCUCAACCUUUCAGCGAGAUUUAUUGAGAUAUGGGAGAAAUGGGGCUUAGCUUACGACCUGAAGUCAGCAUCACCUGAAAUGGUGGCAAAGCGUAUACUUAAGGUUGGUGAUGGUACUCACUACUACCUAGGUAAUGAUGAAGAUAAGUUAGGUGUCACUGCAAUAGGACCUCUACAUCCUCUAAAUCCAACUUACAAUGUUACGUAUCCAGCACCAAAUACCAUACUGUCUGAAGCAGGACUAAUUUUCAAUCAAUAA